AUGCGUGAAAAUUCUGUACUUAAAAGCUGGUUAUGGAAUAGUAUUGAACCCUCCAUUGCUGCCAAUGUUGUGUUCCACAAGACUGUUAAGGGAGUAUGGAAUGACUUAAAGGAGAGUUUCUCUCAGGAGAAAAAUAUUUCUCGUACGUAUGAGUUGUAUGAAAACCUGUUUAGGUUCUCUCAACAGGAUAAAUCCCUCAAUGAAUAUUUCAGCGGUUACAAGGGCAUCAUUGAGGAACUUCAGGUCCACCAACCACUCACUACUGACUUGGAACAGCUGAAACUCCAACGGGCAGAAUUUCAUGUUGCGAAAUUUCUUGCUGGUUUGCAUCCAGAUUAUCAGUCGGUUAAGAGUCACCUCCUUAAGGGUGAGAAAGUUCCAUCAUUAAAUGAAACCUUUUCCCAACUUCAGCGCUUGUCCACAUCUUCUAGGGCUGAUUCUGCCCCUUCUCCAAAGGACAGUUCUGCCUUUAUUGCUGGUCGGGAACGAAGUUCUUCCUUUCCUGGUCGUGGUCGAGGGCAAGGAAGAGGCCGUGGCCGUUGGUGGACGGGGUGGACAGCAAAUGCCAUUGUAGAGGAGAGACACUAUAAGAAACAACUCAAGCAGACUGAAGAGAAAGCACCAUCAAUGUCACGACCCCAACCCGAACGGGGCCACGAUAGGGGAAAACAUAGAACCAUUCUCCUGAGUCAUCAUUUAUCAUAUCGGUCCAAUGACAAGUUGUUUCACGACUCGGGGAAAAUUUUAGGGGCUUAG